AUGGCAAUCAAUCGCGACACACUACUUCGAAUCAGUGUUUCGAUCCAUUUUUUUUGCAUCAGCAUGGUACUUAUGGCUGAAUGGCUACCUAAAUCAUAUCUCUUCAAUCAAGUUACUAUUUUAGCACUUGGCCUUUGGGCUAUAGUACAUCGGGAAAGUGUUAUUCAAGUUGAACUUCUAAUCUUAAUUAAAUUUUUUUCGAUCAUUUUGGAUUCAAUAGCGAUUGGAAUGUAUUUUCAAAUUGGAAACCAAUCUUACUCUGUUGGUGUUCAUUAUGUAUAUUUUGUUAUUAGUGCUGUUUUUGCUAUAGGUUAUUUGAUAUUAAAACCAGUUAUGAUUUUAUUGUUAAAUAAAGUUCGAGAAGAUCGUCUUAAUAAUGCUGCAUUUGGGAUGUGGACACCCGCAUCAGGAUACAUGCCGGUUGAUGGACAUUAA